GGUUGCGUGCGCGGUGCCAUUUCGUAAGUUCGCCUCUUUACUUUGCAUCUUCGAAGAUUGUUUCUGUUUUCCGUGGUGACCAAUUCCUCGAGUCGACUGCGAACACGGGUGGCAAUUUGUAUGCUAAGCGGUUUUGCAUCGGAACCGGCAUUACGAGAGACCGCAACAGAGUGUGUAAUUGGCCACUGAUUUCCGAAAUAGCUAAUCGGCGUUCCGCGGUUCAUCAUUGCUGUUUUUUUUGUUUGUGGCUUGUAUGGCUUUUGCCGACCGUGCGUUCCGGGAGAGUGUUUGAGUGUUUGUGACAGAAGCGGUGUGUUUACCCCGCUACGGCAUCCAGCAGCGAGCAUCUUCACUUUCGACUUUUUGCAUUUCUGGACCAAACACGUCUUCCGUCAUCAGCGCUCGAAGGGCAAACCGUUGACUCAUUGCAUUCGGCGAGAGAAGUUGCCAACCGCAGCCAAACAAGCUAGUUAACCCCGGAAACGAAAGGACAGCCAACGGAACAACACACCCUGCAUCUGAUAUGGAUUACCAAGGCCCGACGGCGGCUGUGAGAGCAUCAGCGGCAACGGCAGCAGUACCCGCCUCCGUCGGAUCAUCAAGGCUGGCUCAGAUGCAGAUGCGGUUCCAGCAGCGUCAGCAGCAAGAACGUGACCAGCGAAAGAUAGAACAGAUUGCAACGCGAGCGACGGCCUCGACGACGACGAUUGCAGCUUCCUCGUCCAACGGUCGCAUAACCUCAACGACAACGAACGUAGCGACGGCGACAGCGACGGUGACGGCCAACAGCAGCGCGACUUCCGGCGGCGGUGCCGUCGAGCUCGCCGAUCGCCUCAACGCGACCACACUCUCGUCCAGUCUGGGGGCGGGCAAGGUACGCCAGAUGUUCGACGACCGCCGGCACGGACGUGUGGCCGCCGGCAUCGACAAGAGCUACCCGUUGCAACCGAUCCAGACGAAAACGGUGGCCACGGGAGCAGCGACGUCGGCGGGCAUCACCAAUGGCAACCACUCGACCAGCGGCGGCGGCGGCGGCGGCGGCAGUAACAACAACAGCCUCGCGGGCGGCGGUGUUGGUGACGCGUGUAGGGACCUGGGACGGAGCGUCGUGACCAAGGGAGCCACGGGCAUGAACAACAAACCACGUGUCCCACCGAUCUCGGCCACCAGCCGCAACCGCUUGGUGCAGCAGCAAUCCAAUCGGGCACAUAGCCUUCGUCAGGACGUCGUUAGUGGGAUGCAGCAGCAGCAGAGCACGCGCAGCACCAGUAACGCUGGGGAGACCACGACCGACUACGGUGGCUUCGAUGACAACGAUAAUUUUCUCGAACUGGAAAAGCACCCAGACAUUGCGUUUGAUCUGGAUGGAGACUCGGUUCAUGCUGCUGUUAAUCACGUGAACAACAACAUCGGCGGGGACUAUUCCCUUUCCAGUUCUAAUGCUGUACGAACGGCAACGAACGUAAACAGUUUGAAGCUUAAGCCGGUACCGGGCCGAUCUGCGGCGUCGUUGACUGCAACACCAGCACGAAAUUCGUCGCUCAAAAAGCAAGCGUCGUCGAUUACGUCUAAUGGCAGCAUCACAUCGACCGCGACGUUGCCACGCUCCGUGAAUGGAUCCGCCAAACUCGGCAUCCAACGGGCGGCUCCAGGCUCCAAAUCAAACGGUCCGUCGCGUGGUGUUUCCCAGCCCAGUCCCUCGAGUUCGGCCGGUUCGUUGCGCCGAAUUUCUUCGACCCCCGCACCAACGACCGGCAUGGCAAUGCACGCCACUACCGUCGCACAUCACAACAACGACGAUCUGGUACCGGACGGCCUGACACGCUGUGAAAUCUGCAGCCGCAACUUUGCCGACGACCGCAUCGAAAAGCAUCGACAAAUCUGCCAGAAAACAAAGGCCAAAAAGCGCAAGGUGUUCGACGUCACCAAACACCGGGUCCAGGGCACCGACGCGGAAUCGUACGUGCUGGUGAAGGGCAAGAAAGGUGCCACCGGACCGUCCCGGAAGCAGUCUAGUCAGCUGAAUGGAAGCGGAACACAGGCGGGAACCGGUGCCGGAAAGCAGAGCAAUUGGCGCAAGAAGCACGAGGAAUUCAUUGCCACGAUCCGGGCGGCCAAAGAACUGAAGGCGCAUUUAGCAAAGGGUGGCAAGCUGUCCGACUUGCCACCGCCACCGCCAGCCGAAAACCCGGACUACGUCCAGUGUCCGCACUGCUCGCGUCGUUUCAAUCAGGCCGCCGCCGACCGCCACAUUCCGAAGUGUGCCACGAUGCUGCAUAACAAACCGAAACCUAAACCGAAGGGCGCGGCAUCGACACUUCGACGAUACUGAAUGCACUCCCGGACAAAAAACGGAACUCCAACGGGACCGUGUUUUCCUAUUCAUCUAUUUUAUGAAGCUUUUUUUUAACGCAAUUUUACAAAUAAUCCCUUUUUCGCGACACGUUCUUCUGGGGUUCCUGUAGUAUUCGGCUGGAUCGGGCUACGAUCGUUUCGUGUGCCGUCGAACGAUAAACCUCAGCCUACCAGAAAGAUACACGAAUCAUUUGCUAACCGAAAGAAUGAUGCUAUCGCGCCACGCCUAACUAACCCCCCAGCGGCCCUGUACGAAACUCGGCCCUCUACGAAACGGCCCUUAACGAAAUCGAGAUCAAGAGAGAAAAAUACGAACCUGAACGCUGGUAAAAACAUUCGCGUGAAGACAGCAAAGACGUUAAACGAAACGAAAUCGAGACAUGGCUGUGUAGCGGACACGAACGAUGUUCAAAUUGGUGUACUUGCGCAAAUUAAUAAA